CGCUACGUUUAUAAAUUGAUUCUUUUUCCAGCGUCCCCUUAUUUCCCCCCCAAAACAGCCUGUCACUCGCAAUGUCGGAAGGCCCAGUUCAUAGAGUCAUUUCGGCCGCUGAGGUGUAUAGUUUUCCUCAGGGGCACCUGGGGCACCUCACUGACCUUGAGGCCAAUGCUCUGGACGAAUUCAGAAAGCUCUGCACUGAAAAGAAUCUCUACAGUGGAACUAAGAAAUAUGAUUUUGGCUCCCACGAUGACACGACUCUACUGCGCUUCUUGAGAGCAAGACGUUUCAAUGUCCAGGGUGCUUUUCAGCAGUACAAGGAUACCGAAGAAUGGCGCGCUGCGAAUCAACUGGAAACACUAUACGAAACUAUUGAUUUGCAACAUUUCGAAGAGACACGGCGACUUUACCCACAGUGGACCGGCCGACGGGACAAACGCGGGAUCCCUGUAUAUAUAUUCGAAGUGAAGCAUCUAGAUGCAAAGACCAUGGCAACGUAUGAGAAGAGUGCAGCUCAGACGCACAGCAAGGCGAAAACAGACGGCAACACGGCACCGAAACUGCUCAGGCUAUUCACUCUCUAUGAAAACUUGACACGCUACGUUCUACCAUUAUCGACAGCUAUGACUGACCGCCCAUACCCCACCACGCCGAUCACACAGUCAAACAACAUCGUUGACAUCUCUGGUGUGGGAUUGAAGCAAUUCUGGAACCUCAGAGCGCACAUGCAAAGUGCCAGCCAGCUGGCAACAGCACAUUACCCUGAGACCCUCGAUCGCAUCUUCAUCAUCGGCGCACCAUAUUUCUUCCCGACAGUAUGGGGCUGGAUUAAGCGCUGGUUCGACCCAAUCACCACAUCGAAGAUAUUUAUCCUCUCGCCGAGCGAUAUGAAGUCCACGCUGGAAUCAUUUAUUGAACCAGUCAAUAUCCCCAAGAAAUAUGGCGGCGAACUGGAGUUCAACUGGUGCGACCCCCCUGUUUAUGAUCCCGCUCUAAACGAUGUCAUCACUUGGAAGAAUGGCUAUGAAACCCUUCCUACCGGUCCCAUGUACUGGCGCGACAAAGGCGACCACAUCGAGUUGGAAGCGGUCGCUGCCGCCGAUGGCAAGCAGCGACGAGAUAUUGUUGCGACAGUACGCAAAGCCGCGGCAGUGGCGGAGACGGAGGACAAGACGACCGAGGAAGUGCCACAGACACUUCCACCUGCAACGGCCGAGGCCAUCAAUGCAGGCUCUGCAGGCCAACCUAAGCCCGGCUCUUACGUUGUAGCCCCAGAAGGCAUUGCGACAAUCUCGCUCCAAGACGAUAAAAACUACACAGACGUCAAUGAGAAGCAAGAUGCUGCUCCGGAUGCGUCGGCAACAGGAGAAGUUAGCAAACCUUAGUGGUCGAUUGCACAAGCUAUAGAAGCAUUACAGAGGCGCAUAUACGAGAGAAGCGGCAAUGAGGUGAGCAGUGAGGUUUCAGGCGGGAGGUGUAGCCAUAGAGGCGAGACGGCGUAUAUAUGGAUAUACCCAAUAUUAUCAUGCUUGGAAAGACGAAUACAAAGAGCGGUUGCAUGUCAAAUGUGACUGAUUAGCCAACCUUUAGCCUUAUUAUUCCACUGUUGAUCUUUAUAUCACACAAUUCAUUCUCGAGCCAAGUUAAGUGUCAUGGAUGUUAUCGUCAUAAUUUUAAAAGUAAGCAUGCUUUAGUUAAGUAGAGAUUGUUGGAGGUAAUUGUGGAAAGUGAGGAAUUACACACGGAUUUGUAUGGUAAUCCCCAACCACCGUAAUUGAUUCCUUGCGGGUAAUGGAGCAGAAGCUUCACAGUAGAACACGGUAAAUACAGUAUAUAAGUUAGAUC